AUGAAAAUAAGCUGUAUGUAUAUUCUCUGAGUAUAUUGUAUUUUUUUUAAUUUGCAAUCUCGGCUCCAUUAAUCUUGAAAUUUUUCUCCCUCCUCAACUUCCAUACACAUUUAUAUUUUUUCCGGCCAAAAAGCCGGAAGAAAGUCCACCUCAAAAUCGAAGAACGAGUUGCAAUGUAGCCAUUGCAGACACCGCGAUAAGGUGAGUCCGGUGUGUCGAGGUGAAAAAAUACCCAUUGAUGGAAAACAAAAUUGAAAAAUUAGGCGAUUGUGUAAUGGAAAAACUAUAUGGAGGUAUGUUUAUAUGUAUAAAAUUUGAAAAAUAAAUUUUGAGAGCGGAAUGAGUUUGAAGAAAAAUUUAAAAAUUCAAGAAACUUGUUUCCUGCACAUUUCGUGACCCCCAAGGACUCCACCAUGCGUAUUGGUGUGUGCGUUGGUCAGUGUCACAAAAAGCACCGUACAAGAGUGGCUUAUGGAGUCUCUCAUAUGUGGCGAAAAUUUAAUAUGCAUCACCUUUUUUUCCUCCAUUUAUUCUCAACACCAUGUGCCCGUGAGAAUCUUAUAAAUAUAGACGGGGGAAACUCACUGCUUCAUUCUCACAUCAACACCGACUCACGACCGGAUCGCUUGUGCAUUCUCGCGGUAGCCGAUAGUCCAGAUAGUGAAUGGGAAUUUAUGCUAAAUUCAACAAUUAAAACAUUUUUUUUUUAUUAUUUAAUUCCAUUUAAAUAUGUGACGAUGUUGUGUGCUUAGAUAAAUUGCAAGUGAGUGAAGAUGAGAUUGCAAAUUCUCAGAACUUUAAGAAGAUCAAGUGUGUGAGCCCCCCAAUUUCCGGGUUAAGAGUUUUCGCGCCAAAGGACGUGCAAUGAGUGACUGAUUAAGAACCUUUGGAGUUUUAAGUUUUUCUUUAAAAAGCAAAGUGAAGUGGUGCAAAAAUGUGGAUAAAAAGAAUAUUUCUAAUUGCUGUGAUCUUGAUUGAUUACACGGUGUGUCAAUUUCUACCACCUGGACAAGCCAUCAUUGAUUCCGUUUUCUCAAUUAAGAACUUCCUCGAAGACGGCGGACAGAGGCUCACGUUUGAGCAGGAUAAUUACUUUAUAAAUCAAGAAUAUGAUUUCGUAAUAGUUGGUGCUGGAUCAGCGGGAUGUGUGCUGGCGAAUCGUCUCUCGGAGAAUCGUGAUUGGAAGAUACUUCUCCUGGAAGCUGGUCCACGGGAGAAUCUCCUCAUGGAUGUCCCCAUGUUUGUGCACUAUCUCCAACAAACCAAUGCCGAUUGGCACUACAAGACGGAAAGUUCCAAUGGUUCGUGCCUUGCCAUGGUGAACAAUCAGUGCAAGUGGCCACGUGGGAAGGUCAUGGGGGGAUCCAGUGUGCUCAAUUAUAUGAUCUACACACGCGGCAAUCGUCGAGAUUAUGACAAGUGGGCCGCAAUGGGGAAUUCCGGGUGGAGUUGGAAUGAUGUUCAUCCCUACUUCCAAAAACUCGAGAAGAGUCAUAUAAAAGACGGUGUGCCCGGAUAUUUGGGCACUGAUGGCCCAAUGGCGAUCUCCUAUCCCAAUUGGCAUACAAAAAUUGCCAAAGCUUUCAUAAAGGCGGGCAUUGAGAAUGGUGCAUCAUACGUAGACUACAAUGGCCCUACGCAAAUAGGCUAUUCGUAUUUCCACACAACCACUGAAAAUGGUAUAAGAAAAAGCUCCAAUGCUGCCUAUAUUUAUCCCAUUCGUGGAACAAGAACAAAUCUUCACAUAAAGAAAGAGAGCUUCGUCACGAGGAUACUAAUUGAUCCACAAACAAAGCGAGCUCAUGGGGUGGAAUUUGUGAAUGGGAAAAAAACCUACCAGGUGUUUGCUAGGAAGGAGGUAAUAAUGUCUGCGGGAGCUAUAAAUAGCCCACAGUUACUUAUGCUGUCGGGAAUUGGGCCAGGAGAUCACCUCCGUGAGCAUGGUAUUACACCAUUAGUCGACCUAGCCGUGGGCUACAAUCUCAUGGACCACACUGCAGUUCCUAUAGCCUUAACAGUCAAUGCUAGUUCUAUGUUUAUUGAGAAUGUCGCCACGGUGCCCAAUCUAAUAAGAUACGAGAGAGAAAGAAAAGGUCCAAUCUCCUCCAUUGGAGCAUGCGAAGCUGUGGCUUUCUAUGACUUUGAUCGACCCACAGACCCAGAUGGAUGGCCAGAUAUUGAACUCUUCCAGCUCGGAGGUCCCCUCUAUGGGGACUCAAUCUAUCGAGACAACUUCAACAUUCGCACAUCAAUCUAUGCUACAAUCUACAGUGAAAUGGAGAAACAGGCACAGAAUGGAUUUCAAAUUUGGCCCAUGAUUCUUCGACCAAAGAGUCGCGGGAGGAUUACGCUACGGAGUAGGGAUCCAUUUGCCCACCCACGCAUCUAUGCGAAUUACUUCUCAGAUCCACGAGACGUCCGUACCGUUAUACGGGGAGUGAGAAAAGUGCAGGAGUUGGCGAAGAUGCCCGCAUUGGCGCAAAUUGGUGCAAAAUUAAUUGACUACGAGCACCCGGUGCCAACAUGUGCUCACCAUGGCAUUGAUUCGGACAACUACUGGGACUGUGUGAUUCGUCACCUGACCUUUACCAUCUACCACUACUCCGGGACAUGCAAAAUGGGCCCCCAGAGCGAUCCAACAGCUGUCGUGGAUUCACGUCUCCGUGUCUAUGGCAUCAGCAAUCUCCGUGUCAUUGAUGCGAGCAUCAUACCAGAAAUUCCAGCGGGUCACACCAAUGGGCCCACACUCAUGAUAGCCGAACGUGCGGCUGAUUUUAUUAAGGAAGACUGGAAUUAUGCACAGUGAAGGAGAAUCAAAGCACAAAAUUAAUGCCCCCUUCUUGCUGUUUUAGGCGACUGAAGAGGGGAAAAGUCAAGGAAAGACGCACAAAAGUAAAUGUAAGACCAAGACAUAAACAAAAAAAAAAGAAACGUAGAUCUAUCACUAAUUUAUAUACGGAAAAUUAAUCAUUAAGGCAAUAUAUAAUGUUUAGGAAGAAGCAAAAAAAAAGUUAGAAUACUCAAAAACCUCAAAAAAUGUGAUUAAGUGUGGCAAUUUUGUACAAAUUGCUCUCAGAUAAGUUAAGUUAUUUUUUCUUUAAUAAAUAAUUUCGUAAAUUAAGAGAAAAAACCAUCAACGCUUAACUAUUUCUGUGAACUAAAUAAAUGUGAGAUUAAAUGAAAAUGCGGAGAAAAGUAUGUAUAAGAGAUAAUGGAGAUAAUUGUAUUUAAUUGCCAGUAAAUUGAUUAAAAGACCACGAAAAUCAAGAAAA